UGGUACAGUGUAAUUGAUUGGGAGACAUGUUAACGAUUUGCGCGAGCGUACUCGGUUACUUCGGUAUGCCACUUUCACUUUCACCGGCUGUGACGCAAGUGACGGCGUAGACUACCUAAAUGGUAUGCUUGCCAUACGCCCUUCGGCAUAUGUCUGAGAGGCGCGUCUGUAUGAAUUAAUGAGAGCAACUUAUAUGAACAAAACGUAUAUAUGCAACACGUUUAACAUUGAAAGACUUUCCAACAGUUCGAAGAAUUUAUUCUUAGAUAAAUCAAUAUCCAGCAGGACAAGACGCUGAAGUCACACAAGCUCAUCACAAUGGCUGCAGAAUUGCCCAUGCCCGAGCCAACGGUGCCUCGAAAACCCCUCUCGUCCUUCAAAGUCAUCACUUUCGACAUCUACGGCACAUUGAUUGAUUGGGAGACCGGGAUCAUCGAAGGCCUUCAAGGGUUGGUAUCUCGAAUUCCAGCAGACUCCCCUCACAGCGUCUAUCGAAACGGCACCUCCGGAGAAGGCCGCAUCAAACUCGCCGAGAAAUUCAACGAGAUCGAAGCUCGCCUUGAGACGGAGCAUCCUGGCAUGAAGUACGACGAGAUUCAGGAACAGAUAUAUCUGACGUUGUUGUCCGAGUUUGGCCUAGAAGUUGGUGAGACAGAUAGGACCGAAGCACAGAAAUUUGGAGCGAGUAUUGGGUCCUGGCCUGCGUUCCCAGACACUGUGGAAGCCUGCGAACGACUGGCAAAGUAUUACAAGCUCAUCCCCAUUACGAAUGUCGACACGGAGAGCUUCAAGAAGACCCGCGCCGGUCCAUUGAAGGGUGUUGAUUUCUUCAGAGCGUACACGGCGCAGGAUAUCGGCAGUUAUAAGCCUGAUUUGCGGAAUUUCGAGCACCUGAUAAAGCAUGUCAAGGAAGAGGCUGGGGCGAAUAAGGAGGAGGUUUUGCACGUCGCGCAGAGUAUCUUCCAUGAUCAAAGACCGGCGAAACAGGUGGGUUUGAGCAGUGUCUGGAUUAACAGGAGUGGCGCGGGCAUGGGGAGCGCAGGAGGGGUUGUUGGCGUUCACGAACGGGCUGAGGUUGGGUACGGAUGGCGGUUUGGGACGUUGGGAGAGUUUGCGGAUGAGGUUGAGAGGCAGAGAAGGGAAGAAUAGUGUUGGACAGGUCCAUAUGGCAAGAAGGGAUGCGACAUGAAUAUGGACAGCCGUCUCUAGCCGCCAUGUUUCGUGUUCAGCGUGGCGCACAUAUUGCUCUUUCUCCCUUAAGGGCACGCGGACUACUCCGUGCCAUCUUCACCGAGGCAUACAACUUGG